AUGAGUGUGUCAUUAUCAUCAAGAAUUAAAUUUAAACAAUUGUGUGAAAUCUUGGAAAGAAUUAUCAAAGUUAAUGCUUCCGAAAAGAUUAAAAUUUUACGAGAAUUUAUUCAACAAUAUCAAAAGGAUGGUGCUAAAUUAAUAGAAGAAAAUCCAAAUGCUAAUAUUUCGAUAUUUCCCGUGUUGAGAUUGCUUUUACCAGAUUGCGAUCGUGAACGUAAAUCAUAUAAUUUAAAGCAGAAAUUAUUGGUGAAUAUUUACAUUCGUGUACUUUGUUUAGGAAAGUCGAGUAAAGAUGCUCAAAAAUUGAUAAAUUACAGAAUACCCACAUCAAAUAAUUCUAAUGGAAGUGACCUAGCUGAAAUAGUUUAUUCGAUUGUACGAAAACAAUUGUCACCACAAAAGGAAUCAUUUACAAUAGAUAGAAUAAAUACAUUUUUAGAUGAUAUAUCAAAAGCAAGUGAUGAAAAUAAAAGUAAAGAUGAAUUAUUCAAAGAAUUAUUUCGACAGAUAAGCGCGUUAGAAUUAAAAUGGUUGACACGUAUUAUUUUAAAAAAAUUAAAAUUGGGCAUUGGAACACAAAAAAUGUUGGAAGAAAGAUUUGCUAUUAAGGAUGUGGGAAAACUUUUUAAAAAUAAGGACGAGUACUUUGUACAAACGAAAUUUGAUGGGGAACGUUCUCAAAUACAUAUGAAAGAUAAUAUAUUUAAAUUCUUAACGAGACAAGGAUUUGAUAUCACAAAUAACUGGGGAUAUGGAAAAAGUCAUUCAGAUGGUUUUCUGAGUAGUAUACUUUCACGUCGUUUAAAUAAACAAUGCAAAUCAAUCAUAUUGGAUGGCGAAAUGAUGGGUUGGCAUAAACAAAGGAAAGUAUUUGGAUCAAAGGGUAUGAGCUAUGACGUUAAAAAGCUUACAGCUAAAAGUUCUUUUCAACCUUGUUUUGUUGCCAAAGAUCUAUUGGAUAUUUUUAAUAAAAGUCUUGUCAAUGAGGAAGAAGGAAUUGUUAUCAAAAAAUCUGAUUCAGUUUACAAACCAAAUGUUCGCAAUGGAACUGGUUGUUACAAAUUAAAAGCCGAGUAUUCAAAAGAUCUGAUACAAGAUCUAGACUUGAUUAUACUUGGAGGUUAUUAUGGGGAAGGUGGUUCAAUAAACAGUUUCAUGAUGGGUGUUGCUGAAGAAUCUAAGAAUGAAGGGGAAGAACCUAAACAAUUUUCCUCUGUUGUAUCAGUGAGCAGUGGUAUCACAAUGAAAGAAUUGAAUGAACUUCAUAAGAAAUUUGAAAAGCAUUGGAUUAAAGAUCGUCCUAAUUGUAUAAUUGGACCUAAAGUAGAACCUCCAGAUUUAUGGAUUCGACCUGAACACUCGUUGAUUUUAACACUUAGAGCAACAGAAAUAACAAAAAGUGAUGAUUAUUCAAUCGGUUAUACUUUACGUUUUCCUCGUAUCAUCAAAAUUAGAGAAGAUAAACCUUGGUACAGUGCUUGUACAAUCACAGAAUUUUUAUCAUUGAUAAAGGUAGACAAAAAUGUAAAGAAAUUUCAUGAGUUUUAA